CUUGCCUGUCGACCAUUUGUAAGGGAGUUGGGGGAGGAACCAAUCGGUCAUUACCGCGCACGCGUCGGGGUACUUGUUGCUAUUCGCGUCGUUUCCUCAUUCCAUCCAGUAUCGGCGCCCGCUUGUGGAGGAUGCUCCAGAUGAGCGACUGGCAGGGUCGCGCACGUACUUGGCGAUAUUGGAGGAGGCGCGCCGUUGGCUGGAAGUCUCCAUGCAUUAUCUGUUUGUUUGCUGCCUGCCGACCUUUCGCCUGCAGGACCACCCUCACCCUCUCCGUACGUAGCCGCUUAGGCGUGGCCCUGGCCACAAGCGUUGACAUCCCGCCCAGCGCCGCCCUGUUGCACAGGCUCUGCCGGAGCUGUGCGCAGCCCCGCUCCUUUUCGUCGGCACACGUGUGGCCCCGAUGUGGCAGCCAUGGGCGGGCAGCGCGGCAGUAUUGGCGGCCGCGGCCUUGAUGUCCAGCCCACUGCUCGGACUUGCAGCGGGUGGUGGCGGUGACCCCAUCUUCGAGCUGAAGACCAAGAAGUUGGACAACGCCCAGUUUUGGAUCAUCUUGGCGGGGAUGGUUUUCUACGGGCUGCUCAUCGAUCGCGUUCAGUACUUUACACAGCGGGCCGUCGAGAAUUCGCGAUGCAGCAAAAUGAUAUUCGAGAGGACUGUCACGGAGUUCAUGGUAUUCGGCAUCGUUGCCAUUACUAUCUUCGUAGGAACAAAUCUGGAUCCGCACCUCGACGAGAAGUAUCCAUACUGCACCACGCACCUCACUUACGCUGACGUUCUGGUAUCGUUCGCUGCCUGCUCUCUGAUCGUGCUGGGCGCACUCUACUCGUGGAUGCGGCACCGCACAGAGGAGCAUCUGCAAGGAUUUCAGGGGGACGAGCAUAAGGACACUGUGAUCCCGAGGAUGGGAAGCUGGAGACCGAUGAACCUCAAGCAGCAGAGCGUAUUCUUGGAGCGGAAGAACUUGACGACAUUCUCGUUCAAUUGGAACUUGUAUUUCCAGGAGUCCCUCGCUCACCAAAUCUGCGAUCUCAUCAACAUUACUUGGGUUACAUGGCUCGUCACGUUCAUCGUCUUGCUCCCAAUGGUAGUCUACAAGGGUUUUCUUGUUACAGACGCAGCCAAGACGGCAGCUUACAUCAAUGGAUUUCUCUUCACGACCUGGUUUUUUCUGUUGCUCACUUUGGCUACUGUGAUUCAGAUUAGGCUUCUCCGUGGCAAGCUGUACGCGGCAGUGGACGGGUACCUCAAAGAGACCCUCGCAGAUGAAGUGGACGAGGACAGCGAGGACGAGGACAACGAUACCGAUGAUUUGGAGGUUGUUGACAAGAGCAUGGAAUGGUGGAGCGACUUCUUGGCGUGGCUCAUGCAGUUCGAGUCUCUGUGCACAUGUUUCAUAUUGGGCAUGUACGUCAUGCACCUCUCGUACAACCUGAAAGUUUCUGGACACGAUCUGAGCUAUCCCGUGAUGUGGUACCACCUUGGCUUCCUGCUCCCGCUCCUCUUCUCCCUGGUGGUCUUGUUCCCCCUGGGCCUGGUGGAGCUCACGUCGAUCCAGGCCUUCUCCGCGCCCGACCAGGAGGUGCUCCACACGAUCGUCUCCGAGACCCGGCAGGCUCACACGGACCUCGUCUUCAUCCAGAGCAAGAUUAUGAGUUUGGGAUCUUCCAAGACGGAGGCGGCCCAGGAGAAGGCGAGGACGAUUUUGAUCAACGCGAACGGCGGCGACGAUACUGUGAAGAGGAUGGACGUGAUGGACCUCUUGGUCUCGAUCGACGUCCACUUGACGAAAGAGCGCAGCUUGGCCGUCUUCGACCUGGUGGACCAGGAACACGAGGCCACCGGCGUCACGCGCAACAACACCGUGGCACUGAAGGUGAAGAAUUGCCUCGAGGACGCGAUUGACCGCCAGGUCCCCAUCGACGACUUAUUGGACAGCGCUGCCAGAGCCACGAUGGACGGCAACCUGGGCAAGGCAGCGUGAGCCCCAAGGCCCCGCCCACCUCGAUAACAUCUUCGGCUCAUCCUCAGUAAAAUGAAGGUGUGCGGCUUGCUGUGCGACCUUGUUGGGCCACCACAGUUUGCGGCCAAAUGGCUGGAGCCAAAUAGCGAAGGAGGAGGAGGAGGAAAAGUAGGAGGGGAGGUCCACCUUGCACCAGGAGUGUGUCGGUCGGCCCUCCUUUUCUCCUCGCGCAGUUUACUCAUUUACCAUCAAUCGUGGUGCAAGUAUUAUUCGCGGGAGCCACUCCAUGUGCGCUCGGCCGAUGCCGUACCAGAUUGGCCAGCCCAGAGCUUUUCAGCAGAGGAGGUUUGCCCAUUCGUGGCGCCGCGUCUUCCUUGCGAGCACGACUCGCGCACCCAACCCAUCGUGCUCGUGUAGUGUGUUUGCCCUCCUGGCGUCCGGCCAGAAGGAGGAGAAGAUCGAACGAGGAGAAGGAAAAAUACGAACGGGAGGAGACGAAUGCAUGAUAUAAUGUGUGCAUGUAUGGACGGAGGGAUGGGCACAUGCUGGCAGCAAGGCUGGCUGGUGCACUCGUAUAUUCGGUCAACUUUUUGCGUAGGGCACUUCGUCCCUAUCGUAGGAUCCCUUGGCCUCCAGCGUUGUGCGCGGCUCGCACCACCUUGAAGUUUUUGUUGGCCCUGCACGCCUGUGAUGUGUGGUUGGCCUGCUGGGGUUUCCUGCGGCGCGGGGACCUGCUAAUUUUGGCAGCGUUCUUCCUCGAGAGGGCUCCUCGGUUAGGCGGCAGACGCCGCCGCCCGAAGGCCAUGUAAAGAGGUUCCAUUGUGGGCACGGAGUUUUGGACGUUUUCUCCGCAUUGUUCGCAGUAUCUUGGAGGCGACAAGACAGCCCCCGAACGCCCCGAGUAGAGUUCAAAGAGCUCAAGAUAGCCCAUGAUGGCCUACAAUUUGUUCCCAGGAUGGUUUCAGGGGGCCGCUCCGUGGAUGACUUUUUAGAUUGUUCAUAGCCUUGAGGCCUAGAGAAGAUCUUCCGACAGAAUCGUCGUGAGGUCAGACCCAG